GUUACCACGAGAGCGAGACGAACAACGAACAAAUCCAUCCGCGUCGCAAAGUAUUCACAAAUCAAUCCUCGCCUCGCUCCUCCCCGGCGACCGGCCGCCGCCGCCGCCGCCGCCGCCGCGAUGGGCUCGGAGCGCGCGGAGCUGGCGCGGGUGUGCGGGGCCCGCAACUGGUCCAAGGCCAUCCGCAUCCUCGACGCGCUCCUCGCCGGCUCCCCUUCCUCCUCCAUCCACGACCUCUGCAACCGGGCCUUCUGCUACUCCCAGCUCGAGCUCCACAAGCACGUCGUCAAGGAUUGCGACCGCGCGCUCGGCCUCGACCCGGCGCUGCUCCAGGCCUACGUGCUCAAAGGCAAGGCAUUGUUGGCAUUAGGGAAAAGAGAGGAAGCUUUGGCUGUUUGGGAGCAAGGACAUGAGAUUGCUGUUCGUGAUACAAUGGACCUGAAACAAUUGCUUGAGUUGGAAGAAUUAGUUUCUUCUGUUAAAAUCAGUGAGACGAUCGAGUGUGAAGAUCGUGUUGUGGAUGCAUCACCAUGUGAUACCAAAGUUGUUAUAUCAGAAGAUCGUGUUGUCGACACAUCGUUCACCGCAACUACAAUGGCUGAUACAAAAACGGUUGUUUGUGAAGAAAAUAUCGGGAAUUCUGGAGUUAUAUCGAAUGGUGGCAUGAUGUUGGCUAAUGAUAAUAAAGUGGACAGCAAUAAAGAAUGCAGCAGUCCAAAAACAGAUACCACAGAAACACAUCAUACUCCCAAGAGAACUCCAAAGCCAGAUAAGAAAAGCAAAGCAAAAGGUAGAAAAGAAAUAAACAGUCAAACUGAAGAUGUGAAUGGUGAAACUGUAGCAGUAGAUCAAACACUGUUUGCUUCAAAAAUAUCAAAAUCAUCAAAAUCCAUAAGCUUGGAUUUCCGCCUUUCCCGAGGCAUCGCACAGGUGAAUGAAGGAAGGUAUGACCAAGCAAUAUCCAUUUUUGAUCAGAUACUGCGAGAAACUCCAACAUAUCCAGAGGCACUGAUUGGAAGAGGAACAGCUUAUGCUUUUCAAAGAGAAUUGGAUUCUGCUAUUUCUGACUUCACCAAGGCUAUACAAUCAAAUCCAUCAGCUGGCGAGGCAUGGAAGCGGCGGGGACAAGCUCGUGCUGCUUUAGGAGAGUUCACCGAGGCUGUUGAAGACUUGACUAAAGCAUUGGAAUUUGAACCAAAUUCUCCUGAUAUUUUACAUGAAAGGGGAAUUGUGAACUUCAAAUUCAAGGACUACAAUGCCGCAUUCGAAGAUCUCUCAACAUGCGUGAAGCGUGACAAGAAAAACAGUUCUGCACACACUUACUUAGGUCUAACUCUUUCAGCACUUGGGGAGUACAAACGUGCUGAAGAUGAGCAUCUCAUUGGCAUAAAAUUUGAUGAGAAUUUUCUUGACAGUUGGGCUCACCUUUCUCAGCUUUAUCUCGAUAUAGGUUGUCCAGAGAAGAUGUUAAAUUGCAUCGAGAAAGUUCUUCAAAUUGAUGUGAGCUUUGGAAAAGCAUACCAUCUACGUGGAAUUCUCUACCAUGGAAUGGGUAGACAUAGGAGUGCUAUCAAAGAUCUGUCAGUUGCUUUGAAACAUGAGAGUUCAAAUAUAGAGUGCCUAUAUUUGCGUGCCUCUUGUCACCAUGCGAUUGGAGAGUACAAGGCCGCGAUAAAAGACUAUGAUGAUGUCCUUGACUUGGAGCUUGACUCCAUGGAUAAAUUUGUGCUACAAUGCCUGGCCUUCUAUCAGAAGGAAAUUGCUCUGUAUAUUGCUUCAAAGGCCAAUUUAGAGUUCUCUCAGUUUAACAUUGAUGAUGAUGUUGACCCACUGUUCAAGGAAUAUUGGUGCAAAAGACUACAUCCUAAAAAUGUGGCUGAAAAGGUUUAUCGCCAACCACCAUUACGGAUCUCAUUGAGAAGUGGGCGCCUUAACAAGCAAGACUUCAAAUUCACAAAGCAUCAAACAACUCUUAUCCUUGCUGCAGAUUCAAUUGGGAAGAAGAUACAAUAUAAUUGUCGUGGAUUCUUGCCAAAUCAACGCCAGUACCGAAUGGCUGGGCUGGCUGCUAUUGAGAUUGCCCAGAAAAUUUCCAAAGCAUGGCGCUUUCUGAGAAAUCCAAAGAAUAAUGCCAAGUUAGUUAGGAGAAGGGAUAAGCUUAACACGAGCCAGAACAGGGGAGGUUAUUGUAGCACCAGUACUUUGUCUGGAUCACCAACAUCCAGUCCAAAUGAAGACAGGGUUUCCUCUGGGAUCUCUCUCUCCUGGCAUGACGUUUAUAAUAUUGCUGUUAAAUGGAGACAAAUUUCUGAACCUUGUGAUCCAGUUGUUUGGAUCAAUAAGCUAAGUGAAGAGUUCAAUUCUGGAUUUGGUUCUCAUACCCCAAUGCUUCUUGGCCAAGCAAAAAUAAUUCGUUACUAUCCAUAUUACCAAAGAGUUUUGGAAGCUGCAAAGAAUAUCAUGCUUGACUUGAAAUAUGUCAAUAAUGCGGAGGAUCGUGCAAUCUUCCUUACUGAUAUUGAAAAGUUAAAAAAGAUAGAAGUUGCGACAUCAUGCUCAGAUUUGUACUAUAUAGUUGGUGAGACCUACUGGGUCUCUACUAGAUGUGACAGCAUUGCAUUUCGGGGGAGGCGUCUUGAAGGGACAAGGAUUACCACUCAAAACAUGGGCAAGACAGGGUUUGACUUUGCAAUACGGACGCCUUGUACACCAUCACGAUGGGAGGAAUAUGAUGAAGAAAUGACUGCAGCUUGGGAGGCUAUUUGUGAUGCAUAUUGUAGUGACACAAACCCCACUCGUGACCCUGAUACGCUUGAUGCUGUGAAGGCAGCAAUAUUACGAAUGACAUAUUAUUGGUACAACUUCAUGCCACUUUCAAGAGGUUCAGCUGUCGUUGGUUAUGUGGUGUUGCUUGGCUUAUUUCUGGCAGCAACCAUGGAUGUCACGGCUAGCAUCCCUCAGGGGACUCAGGUUGAUUGGGAGGCCAUUCUGUCUCCAGAUCCUGACACAUUUGUUGAUAAGAUCAAGCCCUGGCUGUAUCCAUCAAUAAAAGCAAGCAGGAACUUGAAAGAUUAUGCAGAUGUCAGUGCGGCAUUCAGCACCACAGGAUCGGUUGUAGCGGCCUUAACUUGUGUUGACACAUGAGUUGAUAGUGAUUUCAGCACAUAUUAUAGGUUGGCUGAGUUGUUAGCGUCUCUUGUUUCACCAUACCCAGAAACUGUUCAAACAACUUUGUCUAGAUUGUGGAAUGCUUUUUCAUAGAGCUGUAUACGUGUAUGUUGUAAUGUUGUUUGUUUGACAUAAUAAUGUCAUUCUUUUUUUUUCCCCUUGAACAAUGGCUUUGUAAUAAGUAUCAAUAAUUCAUGAAAUGUUUG